CUUUCUUUUUCUUUUUAUCAUCGAGAGGUCGAGGAAAGAAAGAAGAGAGAAAGAGAGUGACUGAGUGAGCGGGAAGCGAAAUAUAAAGAGAGAGAGAGGGUGACUGCUUUUGCCGCGUGGUUUAUUCAUAUCACCCACCAGUGUUUCUUUCACUGAGAGCGAUCUCUUCCUUGAGUUUUAGUGUUUAGAAUCCAGAAUGUCAUCCCGAAAUGCCAAAAGGGGCCGGAAGGACUCACCUAAUUCUGAAAUUGUUGCAAAAGAAAUGAAACCAGAGGCUGAGUCCAAUGAUGCUACAGAUAACAAUACUGAGGUGAAAGUUAAGAAAGGCCCUGGUAGACCUAGGAAACUAGAAUCUGAAAAGAAGAAGUGGAUUCCAACAGGCCGUUCAAGAGGAAGGCCAAGAGUUCAUCCAGUUGAUUAUAACAAGGUAAAGAAACCUAGAGGAAGACCACGUAUAAAGCCUAUAGUGCAUAAAGAAAAAAGACCAAGGGGCAGACCACGCAAAAAUCUUGCUGAAGAUGGUGAAGAGAAGCAGAAAAAGGUAACUGGGCGUGGACAGAAGAAACCGGGAAGGCCCAAGAAACAAUAAGAUCCCUUUAAAUACAUCUGUCUGAAUAAUGCUAGGAGCAGUAUGUUGGCAUCAAAAGACUUCUCAUCUUCAUCUAUAUCACCUAAUAGUCUUACAUCACCUAAGUCGGGUCCAAGAAUGGACUGAAGCCUUUUUUAAAAACUUGGCUGUGUGCAAGUGACUGUGUGUGUAUGCAUGCAAUUUGACUGUUUUCAAUUCCAGUUCAUAUAUAAGAAUCUUUUAUUCAAAAUAUGCACUAUUUUCAUCCUUUUAGCUAAAUUUAAAAAAAAAAAAAAAUCAGAUAAACUCUGCUGGCAUAGCUCUGGUAUAGCAUCAUCCUCAUCAUCAUCAGAUACACUGUUUGCUGAUCAGAGUUUAUGCUGCAUAACUUAGAAUGCAACAGAUAUCUGAGGUAAUUAGUUUGUUAAUCACUGGCAUGUUAUUGUUCAUCUGCUUAGAACAAACAGUAACAUAAAAUGUGAAAACUAAUGCACUGCCAUCAACCCUUCCCAUUAGAAAAUCUAGUAUUUUAUUUUCCCUCUUGAUUUGUUUUUAUAGAUAACCUGUCCAUUUUGAUUGAUUUAUAUAAUAAAUUAA